AUGUGGGGGUUGGGGGGCGGCCCUGGAGUCGCUGCGGUGAGCGUCUCCUUGAGCGGCGCCCGGGACUGCUUCCUGCACCUGCCGCCCGCGCUAGCGUCCCGUCUCCGUCUGCAGCAGGGUCAAGCUGUGAAAGCUUCCUGGGGGCAUCAGCGUGUUUUCUUAGGCUGGAUUGAAAUCAGACACUGUGGUCAGCAUGGUGAAAACACUGUUGAAAUAAACAGACAACUAGCAGAGAAACUUGGCAUCACAGAUGGACAACAGAUAUUUCUCGAGCCGUGUUCCCAGGUCUUGUCCUGUCAGCAAGUAGAAGUUGAACCCCUUUCAGCAGAUGAUUGGGAGAUACUGGAGCUGCAUGCUUCUUCUCUUGAAAGCCGUCUUCUUGAUCAAAUUCGAAUAGUGUUUCCCAAAGCUAUCUUCCCAGUUUGGGUUGAACAACACACUUGUAUUUAUAUCCAAAUUGUAACUCUAAGACCAGCUUCUCUUUAUGGAAGACUUGAACCUCGUACAGAGCUUUCCAUACAACCAAAAGUACGUGAGCAUGAAGAAAGCUCCACCAUGCUGCCUUCUACCAUAAGUGACGUUUCAUGGGACAAUGCUUCUAAAACCAAAUUGGAUAAAAGAGAAGAAACGAAGGAACUGUGUGCCAAAGAAAGGAAUUUAAACACAGGAGUCCAAGAUCAUACGCCAAAUGCAAAAGCAUCAUCCAAUUCAACUGUGCUGCCAAACAUAUGGAAUUUAAUAGGAAACAUUUUCUCUUACACAUCUGACAAGAACCAGCAAACUUCUGAUGACUGUGGUGUUAUGAGUGCUGUCAAAAGCAACCUGUUAAACUUGAUUCACAUGGAUUCUAUUUUCAGAGUAUGCCAGACUCAGCCCCCAAGUGUUCAAAGCACUUCAGCCAUGUGUGCUUUUCAGAAACACAGUGCAGUUCACGUGUUCCCGUGGAAUCUAGAAUUCACUACUUUAGACGCCAAUACUAAAGUAUCUUAUGGAAAGCUUAGUAGACUUCUUUCCCCAAGACAACGGCAUCUGGAAUCAAAACAAAAUUUAAUAUCAAAGAAAGAAAAGGAGAUGGGUAACAAAGAAGACAAAAACCAGCUCGGUUCUAGUGAAAAUAAAAAAUCUUGUGAGAUCUCUGUGGUACAAAUAAUAUGGAACGGAUUUGAAGAUCUAAAGGAUGCCAUCAUGUUUAGUAACAACGUGGAGCAAUUGCAUGUUGGAAGGGUUUGGAUACCAGAUGGCUUGAGAAAGAGACUGCAGAUAGAAAUGCACACAGCUGUCAGACUAACUUCACUGAAUUCAGACCCUAAAAUUCCAGCAUCUCUGAAAUUGUAUCCCAAGAGCACUCUAAAUAAAGAUAUCCAUGAAGAUGACAUUAAAAAUGCCUUUAUUUUAUGGCUGGAGGAUUCUAGUACCACCACGCUUCCUUUGAUAAUAGAAGACCAAAGUGAUAUACAAUUAGCACUUAAAGACAGCACGGAGGACUUUGUCCUCAGUAUAAUCACUUCUCCAGACAAUGAAGAAGAGAAAUCAAACAAUACUUUCAUCUUGAGUCCCAGCUUGCUGCAGAAAGCAAAUAUACAAGUCAUGAAACAUCCUGUGACUUCAAUAGCCAGUGGUGACAGUACACAGUCGUCUUGUGACCAGCCCCUUCCAUGGCUCAAUCUGAGCUGUUUAGGAGGAGUAGAUAAACUAGGAUCAUCAUCGUUGAAGCACAUCUCACACAGCCUUUUGGGACGUCCGCUUUCUCAAAAGCUAGCCACCGUAUCUGUAGGGCUGCUCAGUGGUGGUAUCCUGAUUACUGGAGCAAAGGGAUGCGGCAAGUCAACUUUAGCAAAGGCCCUCUGCAAGGAAGCAUUUGACAGACUAGAUGCUCACGUGGAAGUAAUUGACUGUAAAGCUUUGAAAGGGAAAAGAUUAGAAAACAUACGGAAGAAACUGGAAGAGGCUUUCCUAGAGGCGGUUUGGAGACAGCCGUCAGUUAUUCUGUUGGAUGAUCUUGAUCACAUGGUUGGGAUUCCCCUUACUCCAGAGCACGAGCACACUCCUGAAGCAGUGCAGAGCACUCGCCUCGCUCAUGUAUUGAAAGAUGUGAUAAAAGAAGCUAUUUCCACCCGCAGCUUGAUUACACUGAUGGCCACAAGUCCGUCUGAACGAUUACUACAUUCUUCCAUAAUUUCUGCCCAAGGAAAUCACAUAUUUCAAUGCUUCCAGCAUAUCCAGGCUCCAAAUCAGGGGCAAAGAUGUGAAAUACUUAACUCCAUACUGAAAAAUAAACUUAAUUCCAAUCUGGAUGGAUUGUGUGAUCUUGAUCUCCAUCAAAUUGCCAAGGAAACGGAAGGAUUUGUAGCUAGAGAUUUGACCAUGUUAGUUGAUCGUGCCAUACAUUCAUUUGUUUUUAGGAGGAGACCAUGCAAAAAAGAAGAUCUGAUUCUGUCGACGUCAGACUUUCAACAAGCUUUAAAAGGUUUCACUCCAACGUCUUUAAGAAAUGUUAACCUUCAUGAACCUCAGGACUUUGGCUGGGAUAGGAUUGGUGGUCUUAAGGAGAUACAGCAGAUAUUGAUAGAUACUAUCCAGUUACCUGCAAAGUAUCCAGAAUUAUUUGCAAAUCUGCCCAUACGACACACAACAGGAAUCUUAUUAUAUGGGGCUCCAGGAACAGGAAAAACUUUAUUAGCAGGAGUAGUUGCUCGAGAGAGUGGAAUGAAUUUUAUCAACGUCAAGGGACCAGAACUUCUUAACAAAUACAUUGGAGCAAGUGAACAAGCGGUUCGAGACAUAUUUAACAGAGCACAGGCAGCCAAGCCUUGCAUACUUUUCUUCGAUGAAUUUGACGCCCUUGCUCCUCGACGAGGUCACGAUAACACUGGGGUAACUGACCGAGUCGUUAAUCAGCUGCUGACUCAGUUAGAUGGAGUUGAAGGCUUAGAAGGGGUUUAUGUACUUGCGGCCACUAGUCGUCCUGAUUUGAUUGACCCAGCUCUUUUGAGGCCUGGUCGGCUGGAUAAGUGCCUGUAUUGCCCACCUCCUGAUCAGACUUCCCGAUUUGAAAUUUUAAAAGCAUUGAGCCACUCUCUGCCUCUGGCACAUAAUGUCGAUUUUCAUCAUUUGGCAGCAAAAACUGACUAUUUCACAGGAGCGGACCUAAAAGCUUUACUGUACAAUGCCCAGUUAGAGGCAGUGCAUGCCAGUUUGGGCUCAGCCUUGCCCCAGGACAUAGGUUCUAGUUCAGACAGUGAUCUCAGUCUGUCUUCAAUGGUUUUCUUAAACCAAAGCAGUGGAUCAGAUGAUUCUGCUGGAGAUGGAGAAGGGGGGAUGGAACAAUCUCUGGUCUCCCUUGAAAUGUCUGAGUUACUUCCUGAAGAUCCAAGGUCCAACAUAUACCGUCUUUAUUUUGGAAGCUCCUAUGAAUCAGAGCUUGGCAAUGGAACUCCAUCAGAAAUGAGUUCUCAGUGUUUCUCUGGACCAAACUCCAUAAAUCAGGAUUUGACCAGCCUAUCUUUGAAGGAUUUAGUAUCAUCUCAACCUCUGGUGUUAAGAACAGCCUUACAGGAAGGUUACCAAGAACUGAAUCAAGAACAAAUCGAACAACUCAGGGCUGAAAUCAGUGCUAUCAAGGCCAACUACAGGAACAAAAAUGGAGAGGAAGUCAUUCCUAGUCAAUCAGUCAAGAACACUUUAAAUAUUACUCAGUCUCACCUAAUGACAGCACUUGGAAACACAAAGCCAUCUAUUAGUCAGGACGACUGGAAUCAUUUUGUUGAACUCUAUGACAAUUUUCAGAAUCCAAAGAGGAAAGGGCCCACUGGAGCAACUUUCAAACCAGGACAGAAAGUGACAUUGGCUUAAUUGCUGUUUAUGUGAUGAUGAUCACUAAGUAAUUUUUGC